AUGGAGAAAUUCGAAUGGAAAGACGCUAUCAAAACAAAUAUCAGGAUGUUAAAACUGGCAGGCCUCUGGCCCCCUGGAGACGACUCAUACAAAUUAAACCUCUACACUUUAUACGCCACCAUUUCGCUAACUCUUUUUGUCAUCAUUUUCAACCUAUCUUUGACUCUCAACAUAUUUACCGUUUUAGACGACCUGAAAGCCAUAGCAUCAAUUUUAUUUGCUUCUAUAACCUUAACCAUAGCUGUGUUGAAGUCGUACUACUUAACCCGAAACAUGAAACUGCUGAAAGAGCUUAUGGUCACAAUCAAUAGCGAUUUGUUUCAGCCGAAGAGCCCCACCCAACGAGAGUUAGUUGAGUUUACUCUAAAUCCCUGGAAAAAAGCGUACAAAAUGUACAACUCGAUGACAAUGGCUGCUUUUUGUGCUUGGAGUGUGGCACCUCUCACUGAUGGUUCAAUCGCCAACCAUGAACUACCUUUUCCAGCGUGGUUUCCCUACAAUUAUAAACCGUCACCAUUUUAUGAAAUAACCUUUUUAUACCAGUUUAUAAGUAUGGGGGUUACUUCGUUCAUCAACGUGAACAUCGACACUUUGAUAGCUGCUUUAAAUGUGUAUGUGGGGGCUCAGUGUCAAAUUUUGUGUGACGAUUUGAGAACAGUUGACCUCAGUCAACAGUUAAGAGGAUGUAUCAAACACCACAAAGCAAUUCUUACAUUUGCCGAAAAGUCGAACAAGUUUUUCAACUGGAUUGUCUUUGUGCAGUUUUUCACAAGUGUUCUUUCUAUCGCGAUGGCCAUGUUUCAAAUGACAAUGGAUGUUCCUUUCACAACGGACUUUUUUGCUCGUGUGUUUUAUGUGACGGCUAUAACUAUUCAAAUAUUUGUGUACUGCUGGUUUGGCAACGAAGUGACUUUACAGAGUGGAAAUAUUCCUUCUGCUACUUUUGAAUCAAACUGGAUAGGAAAGCCAUUGGAAGUUCGGAAGAGUUUGGUUCUGAUUAUUUUAAGGAGCCAAAAACCCAUUAAAAUGUCUGCAUUGAACUUGUUUUAUCUGUCUUUGGAUACUUUUAUGACGAUUAUGCGCAGUUCGUAUUCUUAUUUUGCUAUUCUUCAGCAGUUGACUUAGUUAUUGUUAU